AUGGAGGCCAUCAUGUACUUUAAGAAUGGUUGGGUGAAUGUAUCCGCUAAGAAAAUCAAAGAUAAAUUUGUGAUCCAUGGAAUAGUGCACCAUUCAUUCUCACUGAACGAGAAACCUCUUCGCCUGUCGAUAAUUACACACGAGGGAGGCAGUAUACUUGCGGCCCAUUGCGAUUGCACAAUUGGAAUUUUAGAAGCAUGCAGUCACAUUGGUGCUACUCUUUUUGCCUUGGAAGGUAUCCGCACUGCUGUUGUAGAGAAAAAGUUAUCAGUCACCGAUCUUCCAGCUUACUGGAAAAAACCUCCAGCAUCAAUUACCGCCGAUCUGUACAAGAAAGUUCAAGAUAUUAACUUUGGACGGAAGAUACAGCGUACAUAUCCAUCCAGGAUCUCAGACGCUGCAGACGGACAAAGGCAGGUGGCUUUACUUAAGCGUGUCAUGAACGACGGUUUAAACGUGGCUGCUACGACGUUGUUCUGCGGAGAGGCUAAUUUAAAACACGCUUGUACGGCUUGCCUACAAGAUCAGCAGAUUCAAAGCGAUUUAAAAAGCUAUAAUUUACAGCUCCUUUACGUCGUGGAAAAUAUUUCCAAAAAUCUUAAGCAGUUACGAGAGGCAGCAUUGGCUAUUUAUGCUGCAAUGAAGAGGGAUUCAGCGAAACUUAACGCAAUAAAUGCUAUUACAAAAAAGCAAAAAGACAGCAAGUGGUGGUUUACGUUCCGUAGUGGUCGAAUCGCCGCAUCAGUGUUAAAGGAAAUUUGUCAUACAACUAUCACGAAACCUUCGGUGUCCCUGCUAAGACGAGUGUGCUAUCCUGAAGUCACGCAAUUUUCAACAAAAUCCACUCGAUAUGGCCAAAAAUACGAAGAAACAGCAGUGAAUGAACUUUUUGCUUCAGUUUCUGAUCUCCAUAUUAAUAUGACCAAAGAAAAUUCUGGUCUGGUGAUAUGCGGGGAAGAACCAUGUUUGGGAGCAUCUCCAGAUGCAAUUUUUCACUGCACCUGUCAUGGUGUGAUAACUGUCGAAGUGAAAUGCCCAUUCUCAGCUCGCGAUUCCGACGACAUGGUUCAUGUUUUAACCCAGCUAAGUGAUCCGUAUAUCGCAAAGGACUCAAAUACUCCAGUUACGAUGCAACAAAUGGGUUAA